AUGUAUGAAGAAAUUGACGAUGCAGAAGGUUUAGACGAGGAACAUGGAACUGCGGCGAGUAUACAGCGAUAUUUGCAGACUGCCGAUAGCAACUCAACCGCCAACACUCCACCGGUCAAGACGCCUGCACCGGUCGAGACGCCUGCACCGGUCGAGACGCCUGCACCGGUCGAGACGCCUGCACCGCCUGCGAAGACCGCACCGCCCGCGACGACCGCACCACCCGAGACUCCUGCACCACCUCAGACGCCUGCACCGCCCGAGACGACCGCACCGCCAACGCCCACCUCAGCGCCACCAACGACGCCAACGCCCACCUCAGCGCCUCCAACGACGCCAACGCCCACCCCAGAGCCUCCAACGACGCCAACAACAACCGCUCCAGCGCCUUCGAAGACUCCGACGACGCCUACGUCUCCAACUACGUCAGAUUCGAUCCCGACUGUUGUGCCACAGAGUCCUACUACGACGGACACUUUUCAGAAUGCUACACCUCCUCCUCCUAAUGCGACCACCCCUGCGCAAGAUACAACAAAACAGUCGCCCGAAGUGACUCCAUCCACACCGGAAGCGAACAAUACCGCAAUUACACCGACGUCUGCACCGUCUACAGCUACCGAUACGACGUUACCGCCAAAUUCGAGUUCUGGCUCAGCGUCGAGUGCAGGUAUCACCGCGGACGAGUCAUCUGGACCAACCAUGAGCACUGGCGCCGUGGUCGGCAUUGUCGCGGGCAUCAUUGCAAUCGUGGCCAUUUUUGCUGCAGUUAUCAAGUACGUCAUCCAUCGCAAGCGCGACGAGGAAGACGAUCCGCUGUCGCCUUUUGAGCUUUCGUUGGACAAGGGGUACAACCCCACACCGGCUGGUUUUAAUGCCCAGAACUCGCACAAUGCCCGUGCGAUGGGUGCUACAGGUGGUAAUGGUUCAGCGUCGAACACUCAGACGCCACCAGCAGAUGCUAUGGCAGAAGGUGUGGGUUAUUCACACUUUUACGACAACUCAGAUACGUCCCCCGAGUUGGCUAACCGGGAAAGGAACGUGGGUCCAGUGCAGACAGGCAGUGGAAACAACGCUCCCAUGAACGGCACGAAUCUGUGGCUGAGCGCCAUGGAGCCUAAGAACAAUGAUUCUUAUCUGAGCGCACAGGAGUCUGCGCGCUCUUCGGGCAACAGUAGCCGCAACAGUUACGAAAUGUUAUCUGGCCAGCACAUUGACCUGGAUCAGUGCAGCCAGAUCAGCGGACAUAGCAACAAGGGCAGCGAUGAUUUUCCGGACCAUAACGACGACAACGACUCCGCGCGUGGUUCGUAUGAGCUUUAA